AUGCUCGCGAUUAUUUUCUUAUUACUUCAAUGGAAUCUCGGAGCGUUAACACAAGGAAUAUUUUCUCCGCCUGAAUUUACAGCCUCUGGCUGUUCCGGCAGUAAUCAAUGGACAACAUGGUUUGACUCAGGCAAUCCGAGUACUACACUUGGUGAAUUCGAAAUUACAACUCAUAUCCAACGACUCUUUCCUUCAUUUCUAUGUCCAGUACCUGUCGCUAUUGAAGUAAUGAGAUCCAAGAUGUUAUUAUUCUAA